AGCUGAGGGUUGGGGGCUACAAAAGGACACCUACAAUCUCCCCAUUGUUCACUGGCAUCAUUGUUGGUCUGACCUCCCAGCUGCUCAGCCAUGGCCCCGAAGAAAGCCAAGAAGAGGACAGCAGAGGGAGCCAACUCGAAUGUGUUCUCCAUGUUUGAGCAGGCUCAGAUCCAGGAAUUUAAAGAGGCCUUCACCAUCAUGGACCAGAACAGAGACGGAUUCAUCGACAAGAACGAUCUGAGGGACACUUUUGCUGCUCUAGGGCGUCUCAAUGUGAAACAGGAAGAGAUUGACGAGAUGCUCAAAGAGGCUCCUGGCCCAAUCAACUUCACCGUCUUCCUCACCAUGUUCGGUGAGAAGCUGAAAGGUGCUGAUCCAGAGGAGACCAUCCUCAACGCGUUUAAAGUCUUUGACCCUGAGGGGAAAGGUGUGCUGAGGAAGGACUAUGUGACACAGAUGCUGACAACACAAGCAGACCGAUUCUCCCCUGAAGAGAUGGAGCAGAUGUUCGCUGCGUUCCCCCCAGAUGUGACAGGGAACCUGGACUACAAUAAUCUGGUUCACAUCAUUACCCACGGAGAGGAAAAGGACCAGGAGUAAACCUUUUUUGUCAACGUGUUCAUCAAAUAGAAAGUCCGUCUUUUGCCAGUACAUGACUUGAAUCUGGCCCACUGCCUUGAAGGAGAUAUGGACUGUGGUUUAUUUAUCCAUCUUUAUGUUGGCUGCAUUGUCUAUGCACAAUACUCACCCAAGAGCGCAAGAGGAUCAAGACAAAAUGUUCUCUUCCAGGCCCCCAAAAAACGGACACAUGACAGCAUCAACAUAGUGAGCUCCAUUUCUGCUUCAUCCAUACGAUGUUUCCACGUUCACCUGAGACUAAUUAGAUUAUUUUCCGUUGUCAUUUCGUACACUCAAAACCACCUGCCUUUAUUUUUCAUAGAAAGUAUCCAUUUGGAAGGUCUGUGCAUGUUCGUCUAAUAAAAGUGUUCAAAGACAGAA